CUUGGGACUUCCAGGGAAAAUGAAGUUGUGCAUCAUCAGCCAGUUCUUCCUCUGUCUGCUGCUGGGGACUUUCACAGGUGCCAAGCCAGUCCAGGAGGAAGCAGAUCCCUUUGCGGAGCCGCCAGCCUUGCCCUACUGGCCUUUCUCCACUUCAGACUUCUGGUCCUAUGUCGAAUACUUUCAGACUCUGGGAGCGUACCACCAGAUCAAUGAUAUGGCGCGGACCUUCUUUGCCCAUUUUCCCCUGGGCAAUACCCUGGGUUAUAACGUCCCGUAUCAGGAAGAGUGACCUGAACAGAACCCUAGAACAGGGCCCAAGAAAUCCCCAAUUUCCUUUCUUCCUAAACUGUAUGACCACCCAUAAACACUUAGUAGACACUUGUUGAUUAAAUCCAAACAAUGCUUCUUGUGGGGGAGCCCCCAUUAUCAAUACAAUGUCAUUUCCCUCUUUGUCAAGCUCCAAAUGAUCCUACUCUUGCUUUUGGGGAGCAAAAUUUAUGCUAAAACAUUAAUAAAGCAAUUUUUUG